AUGGGUGGUUUGAACAACAGUAUGACACAAGGAAGCCAAAGCCACCAAACCAGGACAGGUCAAGAUAACCCAUUCUCACGGGCCAGGAUAAUAGGCCAGCCGGGAUUAAAGGAACAAACUGGGAAAAUAGUUCCAAACAUGAUAAACUCCCAAAAUAAAGGAAUUCAGCAAAGCAGAGUUGGUGCUCAUAGCAGAGCGGUGUCUCAGCAGAACAGAGCUGCUCCUCAGCAGAGCAGAGCUGCUCCUCAGCAGAGCAGAGCUGUCUCUCAGAGCAGAGAGAGCAGUGACAGAAAAGUCAGUAUGCAGAGCAGAAUAAGCCUUAGAGGUAAAUCAGGUUCUCAGAAUACAAUCCAUUCUCUGGGUACACCUCAACCUACAGCUCAUAAUCCUAGACCCAGAGCAAAUACUUCUACGUUGAGCAAACCUGGAACCAACAGCAAUUCAGGUGGCUCUAAAAGCAUAGUUUCUGGAUCUAACAGUAACAUAUCUGACUCUAAGAGCAAACUAACUGGAUCUAAGAUCAAUUUAUCUGGUUCAAAAAGCAACAUAAAGAGCAAUAUAACUGCCUCCAAGAGCACUCUACCCGACUCCAAGAGCAUUCUACCAGGUUCCAAGAGAACUCCAAGUACACCCAAGACAGGAUUGAAGCAGAGUGAGCCAAGGAAAAUAGAAGAGAAAAACACCAAACCUUAUAAUUUCAGAUCAGAAAACUCAGCCUCUUCACACCAACUCUCAGUUGAAACCAUGAUGAAAUAUAAAGUUAAGAGCCGUCAAAGAUCCUACAGUGGAAGUAGCAGUUCAAGUGCUCACAUGCAUUCUCCAGAUGGAAGUAUGUCUAAGAUCAGUGAUGAUUCUGCUGAUACUAUUGAACUCUAUGAGUUUAUAUAUAUAACAAUACAUCAGAUGGAAAACACUGUAUUAGAUGGAAGUAUGUCUAAGAUCAGUGAUUAUUCUGCUGAUACUAUUGAGCUCUAUUAG